GCCGGGGCGCUCUCACCGCCUCCCUCCCGCGCUCUUCUCCCCCGUCCGUUUGCAGGGAGGUGCUCUCCUCGGGCGGCGGGGAAGGCGGGCUGGACUGCCGCUCCUCCUGCUAUGAUGCCUGGGCAGAUUCCGGACCCUUCCGUGACUGCGGGCUCUCUGCCAGGGCUCGGGCCCCUGACCGGACUGCCCAGCUCGGCCCUGACCGUGGAGGAGCUGAAAUACGCCGACAUCCGCAACAUCGGGGCCAUGAUCGCCCCCUUGCACUUCCUGGAGGUGAAACUGGGCAAGAGGCCCCAACCCGUGAAAAGUGAGCUAGACGAGGAAGAGGAGCGAAGGAAAAGGCGCCGGGAGAAGAAUAAGGUCGCAGCGGCCCGAUGCCGGAACAAGAAGAAGGAGCGGACGGAGUUUCUGCAGCGGGAAUCUGAGCGGCUGGAACUCAUGAACGCGGAGCUGAAGACCCAGAUCGAGGAGCUGAAGCAGGAGCGGCAGCAGCUUAUCCUGAUGCUGAACCGGCAUCGCCCCACCUGUAUCGUCCGCACCGACAGCGUCAAGACCCCCGAGUCAGAAGGCAACCCGCUGCUCGAGCAGCUAGAGAAGAAGUGACCGUGGGCUGGGAGGAGGAAGAGGAGGAGGAAGAGGAGAUGGGAAGAGGGAGGAGGAGGAGGAGGGUCCCCGAGUGCCCUUCCUUGGUGCGUGAAAGACUUUACAAUGAGGUUCAGCACAGCCAGCGGCGGCCGAGCUUUUUUGUGAAACUCCGAUCAGCCUCACAAGGGGAAGAAUGGGCUGACGAAACCCAGAAGGACCAAGCGCUGAGACCAAAGUAGACCCGAGGGUGGGGCUGUCCUGCUGGGGCCAGCUGGAAGGAGGCAGGACAGAGGCACCCGGGCCGGAGAGACGCCCAACCAGACAGCCUCGGGCACUUCUCCAGCCUCUCUACCAGGGCACCUACCCGAGGGACCCCCCGAGCAGCCAGGAAAAGCCAUGAGUUGCAACCAAAAUUCGGCUGAGGAUGGAACUCAGAGUGAAACUGCAAUCUGCCUGCCCCGGGCCUGACCCCUGACCCCUGACCCCCAUGCGAGGCUGGAGAGGGGCCUGAUGCGGGGCCCUGCUGCACCCGCCCACCUCGGUGCAGUGCAGCACCGCCCGGGAGCAGCAGCCGGGGCGCACCCUCGCGGGCCCUGCUGGAGUUUGCUGCGGGCACGAGGCGCGGGCGCCCUUCCAAAGCACAUACUCACUGAAUGUUUACAGACUGGCUGUCCUGGCAGGGCUUUCAACUGCACAUGUUUUUUAUACUUUCUUUUUUUUUAAUAUUUUUUACAAAAAAAAGAUUUUAUACAAGCAAUAUAUAUGUGGAUUUCUAUAAUCACUCGAUGUGAUACAGCAUAAAUAUGCUAUGGUUUGUUUGUUACGAACAGGUAUCCAGCAGUUAUGGCCGUUGUGUGUAACUCCUCAGUACUGUAGUCUCUGGGUGUGGGGGUGGCCGGGGCGGGGGUGGGGUGCAUUUCCAUCCUGGUAAACCCUUCAUAGUACUCAGUCCUGUAUUGCUCAGUAAACGUUACUCUUACUUA